UGUGAACUCGUCCACAUAUCUAAGCAAUAAAAAAAUGUUAAUAAUUAUCGAUUCAGCUUCGAAAUGUACGAAACCAAAUGAAGUGUUCGACGAAUGCCCGAAAACAUGUCCACCCAGAAUAUGUGGCGUAGAUGAACGCACGAUAAGGUGCGCUGCUCCACCCAAGCCUGGGGAUCCUGCAUGCAAGCCGGGAUGUCGAUGUGCUGACAAUUAUUAUCGUAACGAACAGGGUACUUGCGUUACGAAGAAACAGUGCAAAAUCCAAUGUAAUAAGAAUGAGGUAUUCGAUUUAUGUCCUGCCCCAUGUCCUCCAAGAAGAUGCGGUAUAGACCCAGCCACAGUGAAUUGUAUUCCGUCGCCUAAAAUCGGAGAUCCAGGUUGCGAGCCCGGCUGUAGAUGUAUUGACGGUUACGUCAGGAAUGAUACAGAUGCUUGUAUUCCCAAAGAAGAAUGUCAGUGCGGAGAGAACGAACGAUACGAAGUAUGCCCAUUUGCUACAUGUACUGCAAAAAAUUGUUCUGAAUUCGGAUUACCAAUAAGCUGCCCUGGGCAAACCCCAGACGGUAGUUGUCCUGGUGGUUCGGGAUGUGUCUGUAUCAACGGGUAUUUGAGGAAUGACAUAGGGGCCUGUAUACCACAGUCAGAAUGUGAAGCAUGCGGAGGAGAUCCAAAUGCAAGAGCCGGUUGUGGGAGUAAUUGCAACAGAAAAUGCUCCGAUAUAGUGGCAAAUGAAACAAAAGCUUGUACUUUAGCUUGCCGUGUCAACGCCUGUGAUUGCAAAGAUGGGUAUUAUCUUGAUGAAAACACAGGAAAAUGUGUGCUUCCUAACGAAUGCCCUUCAAUAUGCGGUCCCGAUGAAGUGUAUUCCCAUUGUACAAACGGUGGUUGUAAUGCGAAAAACUGUACACAAUUAGGCAGACCCGUACCUUGCGUUAAAAUUAAUCCUAAGAAUUGCAGGAAAGGUUGCAUUUGUAAAGAGGGAUACUUACGCGACGAAAACGGCUUAUGUGUUCCUGAACAAUCUUGUCCUCAGUCUUGUAACAAGCCGAACGAAGUUUACGAGCGGUGUACCUUCGACUGCCCUCCACAGACGUGCGACAGUCUCGACAAAGCGUAUGCGUGUCCAUUGCAGAAUAACCAAACUUGCGUAGGAAAAUGUAAAUGCAAACCCGGCUACUACAGAAAUUUAAUCGGAGAAUGUAUUUCGGAAGAAGAUUGCCGAAGAUGUCCCGGAAAACAUGAAUAUUAUUCUUGUGGCGGAGCAUGCGACAACAUUUGUGACAAACUAAGCGAAGAGAACCAGACAAGUUGUUCGAUAAUUAAUAUAAAAUGUAAUGAAAUGUGUUACUGCGAGGAAGGCUAUGCACGGAAUAAAAACAAUAUUUGUGUACCUUUUGAUCAAUGCAAUGAUCCUGUUUGUCCUGAAAACGAGAGGUACGAUAAGUGUCCUGCAUUUUUGUGUGGUCCACAAAAGUGCUCUGAACUCGGCUUCGGUACAAACUGUCCAGCAUCUGUCAAUAAUGGUACUUGUCCCGGAAAACCGGGUUGCGUCUGUGAUAAUGGAUACGUCAGAAACAAUAAAAACGUUUGCAUACCACAGGAUCAAUGCCCUUCAUGUGGAGGAGACGAAAAUGCUCAACCUGGAUGCGGUAAUUACUGUGGAAACCGUUGCUCAGAUUACGAAGGCGGACCAAAGAUAUGUCCUCUGAUCUGCAUCCUGAAUUCGUGUGACUGUAGACCGGGCUAUGUGUAUGAUGAUCUUGUUAAAAAAUGUGUUCUCCCGAAAGAUUGCUCAUCCAAACCACUUUGUGGCGAAAACGAAGAAUCUUCAGAUUGUGCCAAUCGCUAUGAUAGUUCAGAUUGUUAUGUGGAUCCCAAGGAUUGCAUUCAAGGAUGCAUUUGCAAAGUAGGAUAUGUGAGAAAUGAUGAAGGAAUUUGUGUUCGAGAUGAUUGUGAUGACUCAUGCAAUGGGGAUCCGAACGCCGUUGUUGGAUGUGGAGUAAAUUGUAACAGACAUUGUUCUGAUAUCGGCAAAGAAUGUCAAAGUUGUGCUGCUGUUUGCUACGAAGACGGCUGCGAUUGUAAAGACGGAUAUUAUUACGAUGAUAACAUUAAUAAAUGUGUUUUACCCGAAGACUGCACAAAAACAUGUGGACGAAACGAAGUUUACUCCAAUUGCACUCAAGCACAAUGUGGACCUAAGAAUUGUUCUCAACUUGGGUAUCCAGUAGCAUGUCCGAUGAUCCAGGCUAGUUCGUGUACCCAGGGCUGUUUGUGCAAAAAAGGAUAUUUGAGGGCUGAAAAUGGCACUUGUAUACCUGGAGAAAAGUGCCCAUCCUGCGGUGGAGACAACAACGCUCGUUCCGGCUGCGGUGUGAACUGUAACAAACGGUGUGGCGAUAUCGGAAAAGAGCCAGGAGCAUGUAUUGCAAUUUGCUAUGACAAUGCUUGCGAUUGCAAAGAAGGAUUUUACCUAAACGAGAAUACAGGAAAAUGCGUAAAACCAAACCAGUGCCCAAAACCACUUUGUGGCGAAAACGAAGAAUCUUCAGAUUGCGCCAAUUGCUAUGAUAGUCCAGAUUGUAAUGUGGAUCCCAUGGAUUGCAUUCAAGGAUGCAUUUGCAAAGUAGGAUAUGUGAGAAAAGAUGAAGGAGUUUGUGUUCGAGAUGAUUGUGAUGACUCAUGCAAUGGGGAUCCGAACGCCGUUGUUGGAUGUGGAGUAAAUUGUAACAGACAUUGUUCUAAUAUCGGCAAAGAAAUUCAAAGUUGUGCUGCUGUUUGCUACGAAGACGGCUGUGAUUGUAAAGACGGAUAUUAUUACGAUGAUAACAUUAAUAAAUGUGUUUUACCCGAAGACUGCACUCGUACUUGUGGAAAAGAUGAAGUCUACAAUGAUUGUAUACAAGGGUACUGCCAACCUAAGAAUUGUUCGCAAAUAGGGAAACCCGUUGCUUGCCCAAGAAUAGAUCCCAAGAAUUGCAUCAAAGGGUGCUUGUGUAAAGAAAACUACGUUAGAGCUGAUAAUGGAACGUGUAUACCAAAAACCGACUGUCCAUCCUGCGGUGGAGACAACAACGCUCGUUCCGGCUGCGGCGUGAACUGUAACAAACGGUGUAGCGAUAUCGGAAAAGAGCCAGGAGCAUGUAUUUUAAUUUGCUAUGACAAUGCUUGCGAUUGCAAAGACGGAUUUUACCUAAACGAGAAUACAGGAAAAUGCGUAAAACCAAACCAGUGCCCUCCUACUUGUGGAAAAGAUGAAGUCUACAAUGAUUGUAUACAAGGGUACUGCCAACCGAAGAAUUGUUCGGAAAUAGGGAAACCAGUGGCUUGCCCAAGAAUAGAUCCCAAAAAGUGCAUCAAAGGGUGCUUGUGUAAAGAAAACUACGUCAGAGCUGAUAAUGGAACGUGUAUACCAAAAACCGAUUGUCCAUCCUGCGGUGAAGACAACAACGCUCGUUCCGGCUGCGGCGUGAACUGUAACAAACGGUGUAGCGAUAUCGGAAAAGAGCCAGGAGCAUGUAUUUUAAUUUGCUAUGACAAUGCUUGCGAUUGCAAAGAUGGAUUUUACCUAAACGAGAAUACAGGAAAAUGCGUAAAACCAAACCAGUGCCCGCGAACGUGCAGCAAAGAUGAAGUUUACAGCGAGUGUAUCGAAGGACAAUGCCAGCCUAAGACAUGUUUUGACGUAGGAAAACCCGUAACGUGUCCUAGAAUAGACCCAAAAAAAUGCACCAAAGGAUGCUUAUGUAAAGAAGACUAUGUUAGAGUUAACAACGGCACAUGUAUCCCGAAGACAGAGUGCCCAUCGUGCGGUGGAGACUGCAAUGCCAGAGCGGGUUGCGGUGUAUACUGCAACAGACGUUGUUCAGAUCGUGGUCAAGAACCUAAAGCGUGCACUGAGAUUUGCUAUGACAACGCCUGCGAUUGCAAACCAGGAUUCUAUUUAAAUGAAAUUACAGGAAAAUGCGUUCCACCUAACAAAUGCCCACCAUCAUGCGGAAGAAACGAGGUAUACAAUAGUUGCGUCCAAGGACAAUGUCGACCAAAGAGCUGUUCUCAACUUGGAAAGCCGCUGUCUUGUCCUAGAAUUGAUCCUAAAUACUGUAAAGGAGGCUGUCUCUGUGAAGACGGCUAUGUAAAAGCUAAGAAUGGUACUUGCAUACCAGAGAAAGAAUGUCCAUCAUGUGGCGGUGAUCCGAAUGCCGAAGCUGGUUGUGGGAUAAAUUGUAACAGGCGUUGUUCAGAUGUUGGCAAGGACCCUGGAGUGUGCGAGGACGAUAUAUGUGCUGUAAACGGUUGUGAUUGUAAACAAGGAUAUUACUAUGAUUACGUCUCAUCGAAAUGUGUUCUACCAGAUCGAUGUCCUACUACCAAUUCAUCGGGAAAUGUCGACCAAUCCUUGGAAAAACUCCGCAGAGGAAACAUGGCAUUAGUUGGCCAGUUUCUUUGGGAAUUAUACAAAAUGAAUCCAGGACAAAGUUUCGUUACAUCACCCGUAUCUGUACUCAUUCCUUACGGUCAACUAGCACUAUACGCCGUUGGAGAAACUUUAGAUCAACUAUUAAAGUUUAUAAACCUCGACAAUAAGGAUCAGAUCAAGGAAGCUUUCCCCGCGUUGCUUAAGAAUUAUCGGUCUCAAACCUCAAUUCUUUUGACGGUGGCAGUUAAAUGCUACGGCAACAUAAAUUAUCCUUUUACGGACCAGUUUAAGAACGACGCUGUAACUUAUUUUGACUCAGAAGGAGAAAAUAUUGAUUUUAAAUAUGCGAAACAAGCUGCAGACACAAUAAACGGAUGGGUCGCAAACAAAACCAAUAACUUAAUUCAAAAUGUUGUCAGCGAAGAUUUGUUCAGCGGUGACACUAGAUUGGUUCUAGUUGACGCCUUUUAUAUGCGUGGAAAUUGGCAAAAUCAGUUCAAUCCUAAUAACACUCACGACAGAGACUUCUACAUCACACCAAACAAAACUAAGUCCAUAAAGACUAUGUAUCAAGAAAACUUCUUUAAUUAUGGAGAAAACGAGAUUCUUGAUGCACAGAUCUUAGAAUUGUUCUACAAAGGCGGCAAUUCUAGUUUAGUAAUCUUGUUACCAAAGAAAAAAGAUGGCCUACCCCAGAUGUCACAUAAAUUACGAAAUUCAGAUGAAUUUUUUAAUAGCAUUAAAUCACUUAGGCGAGAGAAAGUCAAAUGUUUCCUACCUAAGAUGGAUAUAGAAACGAAAAUGGAUAUAGCAGACCUUUCCCAGAAGAUGAACGUAACCAAAAUGUUCGAUCCACAAUCAAAUGAUUUCGAAGGAAUGUUAGUCAAUUCGGACCCCGUACAUAUUUCUGCUGCAAUACAGAAAAAUAAAAUCAUAGUUGAUGAAACUGGAACCGAGGCAGCGGUUGCAACUGCUGUUGUCGGUGCUAGAACGACAUCCGCAAUUAUUCCGAAGAACGAAUAUUACUUCAUAGCCGACAGAAGCUAUGUUUUUUGUGUGUUACUCGAAAGGGAUCCAUUGUUUUGUGGUGUCUUUAAUGGAAAUUAAGGUCCAUCAUUGCAGCAUAUUUUUUCUUUGAGCUAAUAAAAUG